UGUGCCACUUGGCGGCCAUGGCAGCUGUAGUAUUGGCGACUCAGGGUCAGGGCCUGGCCGAGGGAAGUACUAUGGGUAGCACCGGGUGCAGGGCAGAGACAGCAUCGUAUCGACUUUGCUGUUGAAUCCUCCGGCCCAUUGUUAGAGACUUGCAGGACAUCUUGCCCGACUGUAGACUCGGAAGGUAGUUUGCUGGGACUGGUGGGCUGGUCCCUUCCCUGGGGGCGUAUCACCUGCGGUGCCACCUCUGGGAACAGGUACCGCGUGUGGAGAAGACACUUGGUUGUAUCUCUUUUUCCUGCUGCUACCAGGGACAUUGUCUAGGGGCGUGGAUCGUUGUGUCACCCUCAUUCCGACGAUUGAGGCGAUCUCUUUUCGCACAAUUUCUCCAUCUGUUACCAACCGGAAUCCCAGUGACUGACAAUCAAGUACCUAAGAUUGCGCGAAGUUUUCUCUGGUGCUAAUAUCAGCAAAAGGAGCUUGCUUCUUAAAAGAGCGGCGUGCUUCGUGGAAACACCAGCAAGACUGAAAGCAUUGGGGAAAUUCCCCUGCUUUCUUGGAAGACCACAAGUUUAAACAGCCUAAGCGCCUUUUGAAACUGCUGGAAUUUUAAAGGCUGGUGGUAGAGGGUGACUACAGAAGGGCAGAAUGGAUGAUUUUCUCUCCAUUAGUCUGCUGUCUUUGGCAAUGUUGGUGGGAUGUUACGUGGCUGGAAUCAUUCCUUUGGCUGUUAAUUUCUCAGAGGAGCGGCUGAAGCUGGUGACUGUGUUGGGUGCUGGUCUUCUCUGUGGAACUGCACUGGCGGUUAUCGUGCCGGAAGGGGUGCAUGCACUUUAUGAAGAGGUUCUGGAGGGAAAACACCACCAAGCCAGUGAAACGAAGCAGAAUGUGAUUGCCUCAGACAAAGCAGCAGAAAUAUCAGUUGUCCAUGAGCAUGAGCACAGCCAUGAGCACACACAGCUACAUGCCUACAUCGGUGUGUCUCUUGUACUGGGCUUUGUUUUCAUGUUGCUAGUGGACCAGAUUGGCAGCUCCCAUGUGCAUUCCACUGAUGAUCCAGAAACAGCAAGACCCAGCAGUUCCAAAAUCACCACCACGCUGGGGCUAGUCGUCCAUGCUGCAGCUGAUGGUGUAGCUUUGGGAGCAGCAGCCUCUACAUCACAGACUAGUGUCCAGUUAAUUGUGUUUGUGGCAAUAAUGUUACAUAAGGCUCCAGCAGCAUUUGGGCUGGUUUCCUUCCUGAUGCACGCUGGCCUGGAGCGGAAUCGAAUCAGAAAGCACUUGCUGGUCUUUGCAUUGGCAGCACCAGCCAUGUCCAUGCUGACAUACUUAGGAUUAAGUAAGAGCAGUAAAGAAGCCCUUUCGGAGGUCAAUGCCACUGGAGUGGCCAUGCUUUUCUCUGCUGGGACAUUCCUUUAUGUUGCCACCGUCCAUGUCCUCCCUGAAGACACCAGCAUUAACCACUCAGGCUCCAGCCUCAGUCCACGGCCAUUGCCAUCCGGGAAGAAGAGCAAGCGUGUGGCGCUCCUCGCUUCCUCAGUGUCUUGUCUCACCUCGCCCGUCUCCACCCGUGUUCCUAGAGUCCGAGGGAGAUGAGAGUCAAUCGUGGAGAAGUGGGACAGCAUAUAGCAGGAACAUCAGAAUUAGACAGAGACUUUGUGUUGUCUUUUAAAGGGACUUUGAUAUAUUAAGUUUUGAUGUUUCUCUUAACCCUAUUCUCAGGGAAGAUGGAAUUUAGUUUUAAAGAAACGUGGAGAACUUCAUACAAUGAAAUUGUAAUUAUGAAACUGCAGUGUUCUGUAAUUAAGCUAAAGUUUUUUCCCUUAGUUCAGAGUCUCUACCACUUUACCCAUUGGUUUUUUAACGUGGUACUCACCAUGUAAGACUGGUGCUUUAGCAUCUGUGCCACACGCCAUGAGAGGAGGUAGGAACACCCGUCCCUUAGAUGCUAAAGAUGAUGGCAACUAAUUUGAGGUUAGAAUAAGGAAAAUAAGGGCAGGAGACAUAAGCUGAACUGAACCCAAAAGAAACGUCCAUGGAAAGGGGUGUUUAGAGUCUUCAAUAACUCCUUUUCACAUGCCUCCCCACGUAGAGCCUGCCCUUCCUUCCCACGUACAGCAAGGAGGUGGGACUGACUUUUGAAGAGGGGUCUGUUAUCAUACAGCAUUUUUAAAAAGUAUCCUUGCAGAAUACUUGUCUGCAGCACACUCUCAGUAGCCAGAUUCUGUUCAGGCACAGGAUUUCCGUCAAGAACAGUAUGAUCUCUGUGAAACUAAGGGAUGGUAAAACUUCCAGGAAUUUGGAUAGUCACUGAUAUAUUGUAACCUUUUUAAAAAAUAACACUAUUACAAAGUAUGUUGUCCUUUUCUUCUAAGUCAGUGGUUCUCAACCCUCCGAACACUGCAGUCCUUGACUACGGUCCCUCGUGUUGUGGUGCCCCCUCCCCUAGCCAUAACAUCAUUUUGUUGCUAUUUCAUAACUGUAAUUUUGCUACUGUUACGAAUUGUAAUGUCAGUGUCUGAUAACAGGAUAUAUGAUAUGCCACCCCUGUGGGCGGGCGUUGUGACCACAGGUUGAGAACUGCUGUUAUAAGUGUUUCUUUUAGCAGCCAGUAGUCCCUCUGGCUGAGCUCUUGCCCAGAGUGGAGAGUGUUUCUGUCUGCUCCUUAGCUCCUGUGCAGGAGACGGCAGGGCUGUAUCAGAGGGGAGUGUCUGCUGCUGGCUUCAGUCUCCUUGCAAUCAUGUCUGCAUCCCACUCUUCCCUUCGCUCUCCCUGCCCCACUGUACCACUACUGCUCCUGGUGACGUCAGUCCUUGUGUGAAGUGAAUUCUCACCACUUGACCCAUGAUGAUGAAGACAGCACUGUCUAUUCUUCAUUUCCUUCAAUUAAGUUACCUUUGUGUCCAGUACAACCUUAUUACACCCUCAAAAAUGUCACCUCCUCAUGCGAGUCAACACAGUCACUGAUAAUUGAAGCAAUUGAGAUGGUAAAAGUAUUCAACAAAGGUAAUUCUUCUAUGUUUGCCAAAAUCUGAAUAAAUCCUAGUCAGAUAAGUGUAUAAUACUGUAUUAAUUUAUAUUUUCUGUAGCAUUUCAAAAAUACUUUACAUAAAGAGGGAGCCAAGACUAGUUUCUUCGGAGCAGUGAGUGCAGUCAUUUGUAUUUUUCUAUGACAUCUAUGCCAGCAUGCCUGUAGUUUUCUUUCUUUCUCUCCUAAAUUGUCACUAGGUCAGCCAGCAGCUAUGGGAUUAAACUUGUGCGCCCUCUGCUGGCUGUAGUGAAGAAAGUAGAACUGGGAUGCAGUUCUCUGUGGAGGCUGGUAGCUAUUGCAUCCCACGCUAAAGUGUUCAUGAAUGCAGCCAGGUGACUCGGAAAGGUUUGGGCUCGUCUAGUCCUCCCAAAGUACAGAUGUCUUGAUCUCUCUAGAAGCUCACUGUGUCUGGUUUGGUUUGGGUAGAAGUAGCUUCUGUCAUCUUGCUCCGUGCAGUGGUCAGAGAUUUGUUGUGCUGGCCAGAGCCUCUUUCGUUCAGCAGUGCCUUGCUAUCUCUAAGUUUGGCUAGAAUAUCAUGUUGGGUAGGGCCCUGGACUCUGGUAAGGACUGAACCAUCAAACUUCCAAAUCUGCCUUCCCCUCCGGGCCUCAGUUGUAGUGAGCUUUCCAAAGCUGGGGCCUUUCCAGGCCCGGAGCUGUUGCCUGGGGACAGCAUGCCCCUUCCCUGCCCAGCAGGCUCAGAUAGCCAUAUGACUCUUAAUAGGGCUCAAAUGUGUGUGAGGCAGCAGGAACCACGCAGAGGCCUCGUCUAGUGGGGAGAGGCUGCUCAUGUAGCAGACAGUGCCCCAGAGCAGCCACCUUGACCGCUUCACAUCACCUUUCAGUUCUGUUUUCUUCCACCUUAAAACUCCCUCUGGAGGUGUGGAUGCCUUAAUGUGCAAACACAUUCGAGCACAUUGGUGAUACUUCAGCUGCUGCCACAAUUACAAGCGGAAUUACGGGUUACCAAAGAAGCAAUUGAUGAAAAGCAUGGCCCUUCCGCCUUCCUCGUGACCAAAGCAGUCUUAAUUGGAAUUACAGUCCCUUUCCCCCAGAAUCUAACGGUCUUCAGAUUCAGAGCACCUUCCCCCCUCUCCCCCCAGUUCCCAGUGUUGCCAGUCCCCGAGUCAGCAGGGCAGUGAUGUCCCAUUUGACUCUGCUUUCCUGUGUGUGCUGUUGCCAGCUUGUGUCCUCACAGGCAGACUUCCUGGCCUAAAAAUGGCAGCGGUUGGGAUGGUACUGCCCACUCAGUACCACAGUGUGUUCUCUCCCCUGCUUCACCUCAGUCCCCAGAUUCUCAGUUCAGAACAACCAAGUCAACUUCUCUGGGAGGUUGGAUCAUUAGAAGAAAGAGAGGGUCUGUUCUUCUAGAAAGGGGAAAAUAGAUUUUUUUUUAAAAAAAAAAAAAGCUAGUCUGUCACCACUAGCUGGUUCUGUUUUUCAAGGAUUAGAGAUAGGAGGGGCAGAGCAGUGACAGUGUCUUAAGCCUUGACCCUCAUGCUAGUGAAGUUCUGAACAUGGGACUGUAUGUCGAUAGCACAAGCCUCUAAGACGCUCCUGCCUUUUUGGGCCAGUGCCUCAGACCAUUGCGUCACAGGCAGUCAUUGGGCAAGAGAGUCUCUGCGGCAGACUUCUGUUCAGUGCAGAGUGGGACUCACUCCUGAAGAACACUGGUUGAGGUACUGUACAACUCUGACCUUUUUGUACUUGAGACAUUGAAGUUUCAGCUCAGGCGACCUGAAGAUGAGGGCUGGUGGGAAAGGACUAGUAGACCUGUAGGACUUGUUUCCAUGCGCUCAGUCCCCCACAGUAGCUAAGCGCAGAAGACUGGCUUCGCUCUCUUGUCUGGUGUGUCUUCCUGUAAACUGGGACUCUACUGGGAUGGCAACACUAUGAUUCCCCUGGUUUGGUGGCCUACACGGUGAUUUUAAAUGUCCCCUUUUCUAGAUCCUUUGUACACAUAAACUCAUUCCAUGGAUGGCUGCCUUAUAAUUUUGUGUCUUUCCAUUUUAAUUGUGAAAGGUUUAAAAAUUGCUGUUUUCUGAUUUGUUUUCUGAUAUUAAAUUUUUAUUAGUGCAUA